UUACCAUAUUUAAUCUUAAUUCAGAAUCAAAUUCAUUUAUUUACUACGCUGUUUACCUCACAGAUUUUCCUAGCCAUCGCUCUCGUAGCCGCGGUGAGCGCGCGGCCGCAACACGGUCACGACUACCAGCACGGUCACGGUCACGCUGUGUCAUCGCAGAGCAUCGUACUGCACCAAACUCACGAGAGCAAGCACGAGCCCGUACACCACGACGAACAUCAUGAGGAGCAGCACGAGCAGCACCAGGAGGAGCAUCACCACGGACACCACGAGGAACACCACGGCCACGCCUCCUCCUCACAGAGCAUCAAGCAGCACCACGGCAAAGCCACAGAGAAACACGUCGAGUACUAUUCUCACCCUAAGUACGAGUUCGCGUACAAAGUAGAAGACCCUCACACAGGUGACAAAAAAUCACAACAUGAAUCACGAGACGGGCAUGUUGUGAAGGGCGUGUACAGUCUGCACGAGCCUGAUGGUACCAUCAGGAUUGUGGAGUACCAUGCUGAUAAGAAGACCGGAUUCAACGCUAACGUAAAGUUCGUGGGUCACGCCAAACACAUUGUUCCUGAACAUCAUCACCAUCACUGAUUUCAAACUCCUGACCUCACUGCGCUGUUAACCUAUCCUUUAAGUUGUUGAUUAUUGACGCUAUGUUUUGUUGUAAAUAGUUAACUAAAU